AACAAUGGCGGCUGCAGUAACCUCUGCCUCCUCUCUCCUGGAGGAGGGUAUAAGUGUGCCUGUCCCACCAACUUCUACCUGGCCAGUGAUCAGCGCGCAUGCAUGUCCAACUGCACCGCCAGCCAGUUCGUGUGCAAGAAUGACAAGUGCAUUCCUUUCUGGUGGAAAUGUGACACGGAGGACGAUUGCGGUGAUCGGUCGGAUGAGCCAGCAGACUGCCCGGAGUUCAAAUGCAGGCCGGGGCAGUUUCAGUGUGGCACCGGCAUCUGCACCAACCCUGCCUACAUCUGCGAUGGAGACAACGACUGCCAGGACAGCUCGGAUGAGGCCAACUGCGAUAUUCACGUUUGCCUGCCCAGCCAGUUCAAGUGUUCCCAUCCAAGCCGCUGCAUCCCAGGCAUUUUCCGCUGUAACGGUCAGGAUAACUGUGGAGAAGGAGAGGAUGAGAAAGACUGCCCCGAGGUCACCUGCGCUCCCACCCAGUUCCAGUGUGCCAUCACCAAGCGCUGCAUUCCUCGUGUCUGGGUGUGCGACCGCGACAAUGAUUGUGUGGACGGAUCUGAUGAGCCCGCCAACUGCACCCAGAUGACUUGUGGUGUGGACGAGUUCCGAUGCAAAGACUCCGGGCGAUGCAUCCCUGCUCGCUGGAAGUGUGACGGCGAGGACGACUGUGGCGAUGCUUCAGAUGAACCAAAAGAGGAGUGUGCUGAAAGGACAUGCGAGCCGUACCAGUUCAGAUGUAAGAACAACCGCUGUGUGCCGGGCCGCUGGCAGUGUGACUACGACAACGACUGUGGGGAUAACUCGGAUGAAGACAAGUGCAUGCCUCGACAAUGCUCAGAAAGCGAGUUUGCCUGCACGAACGGCCGCUGUAUUGCUGGGAGGUGGAAGUGUGACGGAGACCAUGACUGUGCUGAUGGAUCUGAUGAGAAUGGCUGUGAUCUGAAGUGUGACAACGACCAGUUCCAGUGUAAAAACGGUCACUGUAUCCCCAUCCGCUGGCGAUGUGACGCCGACCCCGACUGCAUUGACGGCAGCGAUGAGGACAAUUGUGGCAGUGGUGCUGGGCGUCACUGCCCUCUGGAUGAGCUCCAGUGUAACAACACGCUGUGUAAACCCCUCGCAUGGAAGUGUGACGGUGAAGACGACUGUGGAGACAACUCUGACGAGAAUCCUGAAGAGUGCAGGAGGUUCCAGUGUCCUCCCACCAGAGCUCUCCGCUGCCAAAAUGACCGUGUAUGUCUGCAAGUGUCAAAGUGGUGUGACGGUGUCAACAACUGUGGCGACAACUCGGAUGAACUCAACUGCCAGACCACUCCAGCUGUUCCCACAUGUGAGAAGGACGAGUUCCUGUGUGCUAACGGCAGAUGCAUCAGCUCCACUCUGCGCUGUAACAUCUUUAACGACUGUGAGGACUAUGGCUCUGAUGAGAUCAACUGCAAGACAGACACCAAACUGAAUGACUGCAGGAGUAACAGAACUCAGUGUGGAGAUGGAGACGAGGCCCACUGUGUCACCAACGGCACGGACGCCUUCUGCUCCUGCAAACCAGGCUUCCAGAAGACGGGACACCACACCUGUGGAGACAAGAAUGAGUGUCUGCAGUUCGGAGUGUGUUCCCACGUCUGCAACAACACCAAAGGCUCCUACAAAUGCAGCUGCCACAAGUACUUCACCAGAAUCAAUGACACCUGCAAAGCUGACAGCAUGAACAGCAGUCGACAGAUUCUCUACAUCGCCGACGACAAUGAGAUCCGCAGCCUGGACCCCGGCAUGCCCAACUGGCGCUACGAGCAGACCUUCCAGGGCGACGCCAGCAGUGCUGAGCCUCAAAGCAGCAGUCGUAUAGAAUAUAAGAUUGAUAUCAUGGCUUUCUUGUUAACCAUGUAUUGGGCAGACUGGGGCAACCACCCUAAAAUUGAGACAGCUGCUAUGGACGGCACUCUGAGACAGACUCUAGUCCAUGAGAACAUCCAGUGGCCAACAGGUUUGGCUGUGGACUACUUCAACGAGCGUCUUUACUGGGCAGAUGCUAAACUCUCAGUGAUCGGCAGUGUGCGUCUGGAUGGCUCCGAUCCUGUCGUUUCUGUCUCUGGAAUCAAAAACAACCUGCUUCAUCCAUUCAGCAUAGACAUCUUUGAGGACUACAUAUAUGGUGUCACAUAUAUCAAUAACAUUGUCUUCCGGGUCAACAAGUUUGGCAAAGGCCCCAUGGAAAAUCUCACCACAGGCAUCAACCAUGCUACUGACAUCGUCCUCUAUCAUCGUUAUAAGCAGCCAGAGGUGACGAACCCCUGCGACAGGAAGAAGUGUGAGUGGCUGUGUCUGCUCAGCCCUAGUGGGCCGGUGUGUACCUGCCCCAAUAACUACGUGGCCGACAACGGCACAUGUGUGGAGAGACAGAAACCCACCACGUCCCCAUUCACCCCCCCCUCAGGGCCCUGCGACCUGCAGUGUCAGAACGGUGGAAGCUGCUUCCUAAACUCCCGCCAGGUGGCCAAGUGUCGCUGCCUGUCCAGCUACACCGGAGAGAGAUGUGAGAUCAACCAGUGCAGGGACUACUGCAAGAAUGGAGGCACAUGCACCGCUUCUCAUACAGGUGCUCCGACCUGCAGAUGCCCGAAGGGUUUCACAGGGCCAAACUGCAACCGUCAGACCUGUCAGGACUACUGCCUGAGCGGAGGAAACUGCUCCGUCAACAUGGGCAACCAGCCCACCUGCAGCUGCCCCCCCGAGUACCAGGGAGACCAGUGCCAGUACACUAACUGUGAAGGGUUCUGUCACAACGCUGGAACCUGCUUACAGACCGCCAACUUCACUAAAAUCUGCACGUGCCCCUCACAGUUCAUCGGACACCUGUGUGAGCUGGACAAAUGUUACUUCUGUGGAACGGGCAAGUGUCUGACGUCAGCCUCAGGCGAGGUGUCCUGCAGCUGUCCCAACGGUCAGACCCAACCCAGCUGCUAUUCCUGUUUGGACUAUUGCUCAAAUGGACAAUGUUCAGUGGACACCCGCACACUGCUGCCUCAGUGCAAGUGUCCUGAGGGAUGGACGGGUUACAGAUGUGAAAUUGCAGCACCUUCUGUGGAUUCUGCUACUUCCAGUGGAAGUUCUGCCUCCGUGGUGAUCCCAGUGCUCCUGCUGCUGUUACUGGCCCUGCUGGUUGUUGGUGCCAUCUUGUGGUACAAGCGGAGAAUGCGCGGUGCAAAGGGCUUCCAGCACCACCGAAUGACAAAUGGAGCCAUGAAUGUUGAGAUUGGGAACCCUGCCUAUAAGAUCUAUGAAGGAGACCCUGACGAUGACGCUGGGGAGCUCCUGGAUUCAGACUUUGCUUUGGACCCAGACAAGCCCACCAACUUCACCAACCCAGUGUAUGCCACCCUGUACAUGGGCGCCCAGCACAGCCGCAACUCUCUGGCCAGCACGGACGAAAAGAAGGAGCUGCUCUCCGCGGGCGACGAGGACAUGAGUGACCCGCUAGCGUAGAGCUCGGACUGAACUCUGCCAACCCAGCGCUGAGCCCACGAGCUCUCUCAUCUUAUGCCUUUACCAACUGAAAAGAAAAGCAACAAAAAAAGCGAGAACACUGUAUAAAAUGUAUAAAAUGAAGGACUACUUUUUUAAGUGAUUGCAGUAUUAUAUUUUGUUCUUUGACAAAAAAAACCCUCUGGUGACGAAAAGGAACCAUUUUAUAGACAUUUAUUCAGUUCUUCUCUUUAAUUUUUGGUCACCUCCUCCUCACAACUCUCCCUCCCCUCUCACGCAUAUAGCCACUACCUCUGUGCAAAUGUAAAAGAUAGAGGGAUACAAACGGCAGUGGAACAAUUUUUAUUUUUUAUUUUUGUAUGAA